AUUAAAUUCAAUUUCACAAAACACGAAAACACAAAACGUAACUCACUACUGCUUUCAUCUGCACGAAACCCUAAUUCCCAAAUCCCUUCGUCGCCAUGGACUUCUCCAACGCCAAGAAGCGCAAAGUGGAAGAGAACGGCGACGCCGAUUCUCCGCCGCCGCAGUCCCGCGACGAAGCCACGGUCUCCGCCGCCGCCACUCUCUCCGCGGAAGACAUACGCAAAAUCCUCCAACCCUUAUCCUCGGACCAACUCGUCGACCUCCUCCAAUCGGCGUCGCUCCGCCACCCCGACGUCCUCGACGCCGUGCGCGCCGUCGCGGACCGCGACUCCACCUCCCGGAAGCUCUUCGUGCGCGGCCUCGCCGGGGAGACCACCACCGAGACGCUGCGCGGCGUGUUUUCCGCGUACGGCGACCUCGACGAGGCCAUAGUCAUUUUCGACAAGGCCACUGGGCGCUCCAAGGGCUACGGCUUCGUGGUGUUUCGCCACGUGGAUGGUGCUAUCCUUGCGCUGAAGGAUCCCAGCAAGAAGAUUGAUGGCCGCAUGACGGUGACGCAGCUCGCCGCCGCCGGCGGUCCCGGUGGCUCCGGCGAUGUCUCCCUGAGGAAGGUCUUUGUAGGGAACGUCCCCUUUGAACUUUCCUCGGAGCGUCUUCUGGACGAGUUCCUCAAGUUUGGGGAAGUGGAGGAAGGGCCUCUAGGGUUCGACAAAUCUAGCGGCAAAACCAAGGGUUUUGCCUUCUUUGUUUACAAGACAGAGGAGGGUGCUCGAGCUUCACUGGUGGAACCUCUUAAGACCAUUGAUGGGCAUCAAGUCAUAUGCAAGUUGGCUGUGGAUAACAAAAAGGCGAAACCCUUUGGUGGGGAUCAGCAUCAGCAUCAACAGCAACAGCAAAAUCAACAUCAGCAUCAGCAGCAACAGGUGCCGCAGGUGCAACAGCAAGGGCCUGUGGUGCAGUAUGGUGGGUAUGGCGUGAACGGCUACGGGAUGCAGCACUCGGUGGCAUCGUAUAAUAACCAGGCUCCGGUUGGUGGAUAUGGCCAUGUUGGUGCAGCGUAUGGGAAUGCACAGAUGAGUGGGCCUGUCUCUUCUGGUGACUAUGGUGGGAGAGUGCCUCCCAAUUCUGCUGGCGGGUUUCCUGAUGGCUCGCAGUAUGGCUUUCCUCCUCCCUCAGCGUUACAACCACAGCAACAACAAAUUAUGCCAAUGGCGAGACCUCCUCCAACUGGAAUGUACCAACAGCCCUAUUAUUGAGGUGUUUCAUUCAGGUUUUUGAUGGCUUCUUGGGCGCUAAUGCUUUAAAUGGUUGUGCUGUUUCGUGCAUGCAGACAAUGAAAUCUUUGGUUUUGGUUACAUGGACUGCUGUAAUUUGUUGCUGCUUCACUACCUCUGCUUCCUCUAUGUGUUAUGAUUCCAUAUGUGAUGGGUGUUAGUUGAAGCUUACAUACAUGACUUGGCGUAGUAUUUGAGUGUAGUACGUAUGUGGAAUUUCUGUAGAACUUUUUGUUCCUAGAUUUAUUUAUCUAGAUUAGUUUCCACAGCUGUUGACUAAAUGCCAAGGUGGUUGCAUUAAAUUUUGAAAUGUCUUAUUGUGGUUUAUGUUCCUUCUUGCGUAUAUGUUCUUUGUGGUUGUCGAGGUUUUAACUUUAACUUCAAUUCUUUUUUUUAACUUAAUUGCAAGUAUUUGCUUUGUAUGGCAGAGCCCUAGAUAUAUUUGCGUAUUUUUUUAGAUAUUCUUUCCACUUUGUUCUAUAUUAAAUUCAACAAUCAAAUCUUAAUGAGUAAAUAAAGUCUUUUAGAUGCUCAUUCGAGUUGUGUUAAAGAUGAAUUUGUUGUUGAUUUGCCCUUAGAUGGAUGCUUGUGAUAUAUUUGAGUUCUUUCUUUUUUGAAGUAUACAUUUCAUUUACUUUUAGACUAAUUCAUCAUCAAGUCUUAACAAGUAAACCACUCCACACAAUUCUUUCAAAAAAUGAAUAAACCUUUAAUUUCAUCCCUGAAGUAUUACUCUCUCUUCUAAACAAAUCCUACAGUAAAAAAAUUAUGUAAGUAGAGAAACGUUAUUUGUACAGGAAUCUUUACAAUGAAGAGAAAAGUGUGACAUGUAAUAAGUGUUGUGAUUUGCUUUUGAUUAUUGUAUGAACAGUAUAUCUUACAAGUCCCCCAAGUAUUAGAAAUCAUGUUAAUUAGUCUCCCAAAUAUUAAAAUUGAGAUUUGCUUUUGAUUUGCCCUGAAAUGGAUACUUGUGAACAAAAGACCUUUGCAAAAUGAAUAAACCAUUAAUGUCAUGCCUGAAGUAUUACGCUAUCCCCUAAACAAAUCCUAAAGUAAAACAAUUAUAUAACUAGAGAAACAUUAUUUGGACAACAAUCUUUACAAUGAAGAGAGAAAGAGAGAAGUGUGACAUGUAAUAAAUGUUGUCAUAGAGAUAAAUAGAUGAACACCAAGUAUGAUGUAUAAAUUAUUGUAUGAAUAGUACAUUGCAUAAGUAAUCUCCCAAGUUUUAGAAGUCAUGUGAAUUAGUCUCCCAGAUAUUUAAAAUCUCUUCAAAUUGGUCCUUGGACAUUAGUAAAAGAUAUCAACAUAAGGAUUAAACUAACCAAUAUUCAAUACUUGAAUUAUUUAUAUAGUUUUAUUACUUUAGGGAAUAGGGACUACUUUUAGAGAGAGUAAUACUUGAUGAACCAAAUUGCUGGUUUAUUCUUUGAAAAAUGCUAACCAUGAGAUUGAUUACCUUGUUUGUUGUGAAAUCAAAGCUCAAACUUGAUGUGGCAAUUGCCAUGGUAUAAACCCUUACUUUCUUAUGUUAAAUUUAUCGAUGAAUUUUAAUUUUAAGCUCUCUUUCUCUUCUUUGAGUCAACUCUCUGAUAAAAGAAAUUAACGCAAGGAAAGCAAGUGACAAUAAUUAUUUCUUUGUAAUUGGUGUUAAAAGUAGGGUAUGUAAAUAAUAAGCAAAACAAAAAAAAUGAUGUUGGUUGUUUGCCUCGACUUGCAUCGUGUUGCGGUUGAAUAUGUGGCAUUUUUAUAGGUUCUGGAGGGGAUAAAUAUUUUUUGGGGAAUAAGCAACUUGCUUUGCAAUAGUUUGGUGUUUCUUUAAUUGAUCCUUUUUCUCCCGAGGUUCAACAUCCUUUUGGUCAAAUAAAUUAUUGUUUGUUUGUUUUCACUGGACGAUUCUAUGUUGAUUUCUAAUUUUGAUGGCUUGUGUAUAAAAUCUUGUGAAUGUCUAUAUUUGCUGCCUUUUCUAAUGAUUUUCGAGGUGGUUCUCCUGGUCUUUUUUUAUUCGAAGUAGUUCGGCCAACACUGCAUUGCUGUAGUCCUUCGAGGUUAGGACUUUGAAUGCCAUAUGGUUUCCAUUUGUUCAUUGAAGGAGCCAAGCUAUUCCUUGUAUCAUAGAGCGAGACAAUUAAUUUGUAACAAUUUUGUAGUGAAAUACCUCUUAGGAUAAGUGUAUGGGAUUAGAUGAUUUAAUAUAUAAUAUAUUGCGCUUCAUUUA